AUGGCAGAACCCCCAGCAGAAAGGAGAAAGACCACGAGGAAAGUCCUCCUGCAGACUUUGCAGAAAUUAAGAAAUGAUGAGUUCGACUUAUUUAAGUGGCAUUUGACCGACAGCCUUGGAGACUUCGCAUCAAUUCCAAUAUCCAAACUGGAGAAUUUAGACAGGAAGGGUACGGUGGAUCUGAUGGUCAACACGUACUGUAUCUACACAGUCAAAGUCACUAAAAUGAUUUUGGUUGAAAUCGGCAUGAAUAAUCUGGUUUUGGAUCUCCCCCAAACAGACCCUGAAGGUACCUGGCACGCCCCGAUUGCUGGGAGAUUUGUUCCUUCUGGUGCCUCCCUGCUGAUGGGAGGGGAGGAGGAGCUACCAGGCAGCUUGACAGAACAUGUUGCUCCAUUGUGUUCUACCAUGAAGUUCAUAUAUGCAACCAUGUUGUUCUGCACUCAUCAUUUUCAAGCAUUGACAAUAUGGCACAAGAUGUGUUAUGAAAAGACCCAGAGGACUUAUGUACCACCCACUUCACUGAUAAGUUAG